GGGUCACAAUAGGAGGAUAAAAAGUGUCCCAAGCGGGCCAGGAGGUUGUCGCGAACUUUAGUCGGAUCUUCUCCCCUCUCUUCUCCCAGCUCUCCUCCAACCCUCCAAGAGUCAAAAUGCCUCACGCGUUCCCCUUCCUCACUCCUGAUCAGAAGAAGGAGCUCAGUGACAUCGCUCUCAAGAUUGUCGCCAAGGGCAAGGGAAUCCUCGCCGCUGACGAGUCUACCGGCAGCGUUGCCAAGCGCUUCCAGAGCAUCAAUGCUGAGAACACUGAGGAGAACAGGAGGCUGUACCGUCAGCUCCUCUUCACCGCCGACGAUCGCGCCGCCCCUUGCAUUGGUGGCGUCAUCUUCUUCCACGAGACCCUGUACCAGAAGACCGAUGCCGGCAAGACCUUCCCCGAGCACGUCAAGUCCAGAGGCUGGCUUGUAGGCAUCAAGGUUGACAAAGGUGUUGUCCCCCUCGCUGGAACCAACGGAGAGACCACCACCCAGGGUCUGGAUGGCCUGUAUGAGCGUUGCGCCCAGUACAAGAAGGACGGUUGUGACUUCGCCAAGUGGCGUUGUGUGCUGAAGAUCACCUCCACCACCCCCUCCCGCCUGGCCAUCAUGGAGAAUUGCAAUGUCUUGGCUCGUUAUGCCAGUAUCUGCCAGAUGCACGGCAUUGUCCCCAUUGUUGAGCCCGAGAUCCUCCCCGACGGUGACCACGACCUGAAGCGCACCCAGUACGUGACUGAGAAGGUCCUGGCCGCAAUGUACAAGGCUCUGUCCGACCACCAUGUCUACCUGGAGGGUACCCUCCUGAAGCCCAACAUGGUCACUGCCGGACACUCCUGCUCACACAAGUACACCCACCAGGAGAUCGCCAUGGCCACCGUCACGGCCCUGCGCCGCACCGUGCCCCCAGCAGUUCCCGGCGUCACCUUCCUGUCCGGUGGCCAGUCUGAGGAGGAGGCAUCCAUCAACCUGAACGUCAUGAACCAGUGUCCCCUGCACAGGCCAUGGGCAUUGACUUUUUCCUAUGGCCGUGCCCUCCAGGCAUCCGCCCUGAAGGCAUGGGGUGGCAAACCUGCGAACGGCAAGGCUGCCCAGGAGGAGUUCAUCAAGAGAGCUCUGGCCAACAGCCUGGCCUGCCAYGGCAAGUAUGUCGCUUCCGGAGACAGCACCGCCGCUGGAGAAUCACUGUUCGUGGCCAACCACGCUUAUUAGGCAUGGACACUCACCAGUAUCCCUCUCCUAACCCUCCCACCAUCUCCCUGUCCCCGCCACCCUCCCCCACAUGGGGAGUGCCAUGUCUUAUUCGGCACCUCCUAAGAAGCCGUCUCUACUCGACCCUCUGCAACAUUACUCGUUUGGUACCUCAGUACGGAUAAAGAGAGAGAGYAACGGAAACCUUUCUUUGGGCUCUUGCUUCAGAGAGAAGAUUACAAAAAAAAUGUGUUCUGCCUCCAUUCCCUCUCCCUACCAUUUCACACCUUUUUUAAGGUGAAGAGAUUCCCAUCGUUGUGUUUUUACAAAACAUGUAAUAUUAUGCCUGGGUCUGUAACACCUAACUCAGUAUAAUGUUUGUACUGGAGCCAUGGAAUAAAGUAUGUAUUCACAAUA